AUGAUGGUGCUGAGAAACUUCACAAGAAAGAAACAGUUCCUUAAUCUCUUUGUUCUGGCUUGUAGAGAUCUGAAGCACCUACCAGAGGGCAACAUGCUAAAAAGAGUGUCAGGCUGUUUGAUGCACAACACUCAGUUUGUGGACCUCAUCCCUGCAGACCGCUUCACGUCCCCCGUAAUCCGCCUCACUGUUGGCAGUGAACCAAUAAGAAUGUCGGAAAGUUUGGUUAUCUUUAAAACCCUUUUCCACUUGACUCUUUCUCUUCAUCAGGCAGACUCGAGCUACUCAGCCAGUGGCCGUGACAUGCAUUAUUUUAUUGUGAUUUUGUUUUUACUUACAGGUGAUGGGGCAGCUGUUCUUUGGCAGAAGCUGUGGUGUCCCCAUGAGCCACAGCACCAGAACCUGCUGAGGGUCUGGUGCCGUCGAAACUCAGCAGACUGCUGCACCGGGCUCACCUUCAGCCACACAGCCCAGUCAGUGGAUGGAGGCCGGCUCAGGGUGACCCAGGACUCCGGGUCCUUCAGUGUGGAAGUGCUGGGGCCGGGUAAAGGAGGAGUGUUCUGGUGUGGUGUUCUGAGCAGAAAUAACACCAUCAUCAAGCUGGCUGAAGGUUACAUCCACAGCUCCUCAGCAGCGUUCAUCUGGAGCUUUGCUCGCUGGGUCCUUCUUCCCCUGCUCCCCAUGACCACCAUAAUCAUCUACACCUGCUCCAAAGCUAAAGUUCAACGCUGCUGCACGAAGAGAGCAGAGGAGCCGGUGAGCGGGUCUCUGGCUGAUCCGGAGUCUGCAGAUCAGCUGGUGUCCAGUCCAGAAGUGGUCACAACCCGUUCUGAAGUCUGACAGACAAGACCUUCACUGUUUUAAGAAAUAAGUUUGUAUUUAUUGGACAAACCAAACUCAAACAGGUGGAAGGUGUCAGAAAGUAAACAAAGGUCCAGAACCAAACAAAAGCAGCGGAAACAGGAUU